GGCGGCGGGGGGCGCUCCCGUGUCCCGGAAGUACUGUUGCGUUACAGCCUUGCCUUCCGGGGCAGAUUGUAAAUCGUAGCAGCCGUAGGAAGGGAGGCCAUUUUUCCCUUCCCAGGAAGAGUGAGGGUCGGGGAGGGAGAAAAAGGAGAGAAAAAACGGCUCAGCGCCUCCCCGCUGGCCCGCGGAGAGGUCGCCGAGUGCUCUGAGGAGAUGUUUUCCCUUUCGAGCACGGUGCAGCCCCAGGUUACAGUUCCCUUGAGUCAUCUCAUCAGUGCCUUCCAUUCACCAAAAAACACCUCUGUUUCUGUGGGUGCAUCAGUUUCUCAAAAGCAGCAUGGAGAUGUAGCUCCUGACCAUGAGGCUCCCAGCAGUGAGCCUGUACUUAAUUUAAGGGACCUUGGAUUAUCUGAAUUAAAAAUUGGACAUAUUGAUCAACUGGUAGGCGGUCUACUUCCUGGAUUUUGUAAAGGCAAAAGCAUUUCUUCCCAUUGGCAUACAUCUCAUGUCUCUGCACAAUCCUUCUUUGAAAAUAAAUAUGGUUACUUAGGUAAAUUUAGUACCUUACGUUCCUCUUGCUUGUACAGACAACCUUCAAGGACUCUGAAAAGUAUUUGUUCAGAUCUUCAGUACUGGUCAGUUUUCAUACAGUCUCGGGGUUUUAAAACAUUGAAAUCAAGGACAAGACGUCUGCAGUCCACCUCUGAAAGAUUAGCAGAAACACAGCAUAUAGCACCAUCAUUUGUGAAGGGGUUUCUUUUGCGGGACAGAGGAACAGAUGUUGAGAGUUUGGACAAACUCAUGAAAACCAAGAACAUACCUGAAGCUCACCAAGAUGCGUUUAAAACUGGUUUUGCAGAAGGUUUCCUGAAAGCUCAGGCGCUAACGCAAAAAACCAAUGAUUCUCUCAGAAGAACUCGUCUGAUCCUCUUUGUCCUGCUGCUCUUAGGCAUUUAUGGAUUCUUUAAAAACCCAUUUUUAUCUGUCCGUUUCCGGACAACGACGGGGCUUGAUUCUGCAGUAGAUCCUGUCCAGAUGAAAAAUGUCACCUUCGAACAUGUUAAAGGAUAUAAAUUGGACAACAUGGUACGUAUGGGAAUACAGAGAAUGUUCAAAAAUGGAAUUCUUUUAGUUGGACCACCAGGGACAGGAAAGACACUUCUUGCCCGAGCUGUGGCAGGAGAAGCUGAUGUCCCCUUUUAUUAUGCUUCUGGAUCAGAAUUUGAUGAGAUGUUCGUGGGUGUGGGAGCCAGCCGUAUAAGAAAUCUUUUUAGGGAAGCAAAAGCAAAUGCUCCUUGUGUUAUAUUUAUUGAUGAAUUAGAUUCUGUUGGUGGGAAGCGAAUUGAAUCUCCAAUGCAUCCAUAUUCAAGGCAGACUAUAAAUCAACUUCUUGCUGAGAUGGAUGGUUUUAAACCCAAUGAAGGAGUUAUCAUCAUAGGAGCCACAAACUUCCCAGAGGCAUUAGAUAAUGCCUUAAUACGUCCUGGCCGUUUUGACAUGCAAGUUACAGUUCCAAGACCAGAUGUAAAAGGUCGAACAGAAAUUUUGAAAUGGUAUCUCAAUAAAAUAAAGUUUGAUCAGUCUAUUGAUCCAGAAAUCAUAGCUCGAGGUACUGUUGGCUUUUCCGGAGCAGAGUUGGAGAAUCUUGUGAACCAAGCUGCAUUAAAGGCAGCUGUUGAUGGAAAAGAAAUGGUCACCAUGAAGGAGCUAGAGUUUUCCAAAGAUAAAAUCCUAAUGGGGCCUGAACGUAGAAGCGUGGAAAUCGAUAACAAAAAUAAAACCAUCACAGCGUAUCAUGAAUCUGGUCAUGCUAUCAUUGCAUAUUACACUAAAGAUGCCAUGCCUAUCAACAAAGCUACAAUCACUCCGCGGGGGCCAACACUGGGACAUGUGUCCCUGUUGCCUGAGAAUGACAGAUGGAAUGAAACUAGGGCUCAGCUCCUUGCACAAAUGGAUGUCAGUAUGGGAGGACGAGUGGCAGAGGAGCUUAUAUUUGGAACUGACCAUAUUACAACAGGAGCUUCCAGUGAUUUUGAUAAUGCAACUAAAAUAGCAAAGUGGAUGGUUACCAAAUUUGGAAUGAGUGAAAAGCUUGGAGUUAUGACCUACAGUGAUACAGGGAAACUGAGUCCAGAAACUCAGUCUGCUAUUGAACAAGAAAUCAGAAUCCUCCUAAGGGACUCAUAUGAACGAGCAAAACAUAUCUUGAAGACUCAUGCAAAAGAGCAUAAGAACCUAGCAGAAGCUUUACUGACUUAUGAGACUUUGGAUGCCAAAGAGAUCCAAAUUGUUCUUGAGGGGAAGAAAUUGGAAGUGAGAUGAUAACUCUCCUGUAAUGGAUGUGUUGCUGGUUUUAAUGAGAAUUUAAGUAGCUCUACGGUCCUCUCCUUUUGCAACGCUUUCCUCCCAUUCUUGGCAUCACUCAAGGGAGUGAAACACUUUGUCAGUCUUCUGUCACAGUUAACUAAUUCUGGUUAUUCUCAUGAUGACACCUGUUACAAAUUAGUAACCAAUACAAAUAUUUUAAACAACUAUGAGGAUUGAAAACAGUUUGAGAAAUGCCGAUCAGGUACUAAAGUUGAAAAUAAGUAAUGAUUUUAUGUUUAGUUACUUUACUAGAUGUGAAUAAAAUUUCCUUUAGCUCUUAGGAAAUAUUUUGACUCAGUGGAGUAAAGUUGUUGAAGGAUUCUCUUUAUUUCCAGAGAGUACCAUUUAUCUUUGAUAAAGAAUUGAUGCUGUUUAACUGUUAGUAAAUCAUAUUUCUAAGUACAUCAGUGGAAACUUCAUUAAGACAUUAAGGUACACUUGAUUGUGCUCCAGAUUGUCUAGAUAUAAAUUGGCUUGAAAUCUAAGUGUGGAGAAUUGUAAACGUACAGGUACAAUUGGAAUUUAAAUGAUUCUGACCUUCUGAAAAUGCAACAUGCAUUUUCGUUUUUUUUUUUAAACCUUACUAUCACUUUGACUAAAGAACUUCAUUUCAGAACACCACAGCAGUACUUUGUUAAGUAGACAAGUAACACACUUCAACUUCUGAAUAACUGCAUAAUUAUGUUUGGUAUUGGAAGCAAAAUUAAACCAAAAACUCAGUCCCCUUCAAAGUGAAUUUUUUAGAUUACCUUGUAUUUAAAGUGGAAAGUCAGGUGUGCUUUUUGUUCAGAUUUUGUGAAUAUGAACAUGUUGUCACAGGAUUUAUAGAUAAAAUUUAUUUAACUCAAUAGAAAAAUUAUUUUAGAGCACAUUGUGUUUACAGCCCAGUUAUAUUAUUGAAGUUAUUCUAUUAAAGUCACCUCCAGUUCUGUAAUGUCUUUUAAGCUGUAUAUUGUCUUUAAGAGGGAGCUUGUCAUGUGAUAUUCUUGCCCCCUUCCUCCACCCCCAUUUUUUGUAAUCUUAAAUUUUGACGUAAUUUCAAACUUCGGAAGGUGUUAUCAGAAUAAUACAAGGAACUCCCAUUAUUAUUGAUGUACAUUCACCAGGUAUUUUCAUUUGCCCCAUUUUUUUAUUGCUUCCCUUGUGUGCGUUUGUGUGUGUGUAUGCACGUGCUCGUGCAUAUACAUGUCUGUGGAUGUGUGCAUUCGUGUCUCUUGGGUAGCCUUCUGGGGUUGAAAUUGCUGGGUCAUGUGGUAAGUUGCUGUUAACCUUUUUACGAAUCUGAUGAACUCUUCAAAGUAACUUACACAGUAUUUUGUUCCAGCCACCAAUGAAUGAGGGUGCCAGUUUUCCACAUCUUCUACUGUACUUAGAGUCUUUUUGAUGAGGUCACGGCCAUGCUAGUGGGUAUACAGUAGUAGCUCAUUGUGGAGUUAUUACAUUUCUCUAGCACUUAGUGAUAUGACUAUCCUCUUCUAUGCUGUUGGCCAUUUGUAUGUGUUUUGAGAAAUGUCUGUUCAAAUAUUUUACAGGGACAUACACCCUUUUGGGCAGUCUGUCAUGUGUGGUAAGAGAUCAGAUAUUCUGAGUGUAAGUAUGUUAUCAGGUGGCUCUUUUUACAUCCAUCCUGACAGCCUCUGUUGUUUGCCUGGGAUGUUUGGUUCACACUUCCUUAUUUAUUUGCAUUGUAAUCUUGUGGAGUUUCAGGUGACCACCCUUGCAGAGGGAGGAGGGAUGGAAUUUGUAAAGAGAAACUACCAUUCCUAGCCUGGCCUAGCUGAUGAACUCUGACUUUGGCAUUUUUAUACUUACAUGGGGCUGGACAUUCUGUUUCAGUGCUUUGCGAGUUGAAACAGCUCUAUGGACUUUUUAUUACUUUUUAUUACACAGAGAAAGGUUUCUCUUUUUUCUGUGGGUGGAAGAAAAAGAGCUGGAUAUUUAAAAAUGUAAUAGGAGAUGAUGUUGCCUGCGGAUUACAUCCCAUGAGUGAAAAAUAACUGUUAUGUGUAUUAACAGAUUUUUGCUGGAACACAUUUUUGGUGAUGAAAUUGCAUCUGUAUGAUUUUUCAAAAUGUGAAAUACUUGUGUAAUUUCUAUCACAAUUAUGUAUGGAAUGUGUGUGCAUAUAUGUCAACCAUUUGCAUUUAUACUAAGUUUAUUUGGUCACAAAUUUUAUGUGGCCAGAUGUGUUGAUAAUUUUCUUUUAUAACUUCUGUUCUUAUUUGAAAAAUAUUUCCUCAUUAAAUAAUACCAUUGAGCUUGAUUCUCAAAAAUAUGUAAUGAUUGAAUGCUUUUAUGAAAACACUAAACACUACUGGUCUGGA